GUGUGUGGCUGAUAUAAUAAUUUAAAUUUAAAUUUAAAUAUAAUUAAUAAUUUCUAAUUCCAAUUUUCAUUAUAAUCGUACAAUUGUCAUUCGGAACGAAAAUGUCAUCUGAACCAAUUAUAAAUAGUGUUGGAAUUCCCACAGCUGAAUUUUUGCAAGAUGUUGAUGCUUUUAUGCAAAAACCGGAAAAUAAUUCGGCAAGUGAAGUAAUUAAACGAUUAGAUGAAUUAUAUAUGAAAUAUAAAUUCAUGGAACAAAAUCUUCAUUUGAAAAAGUCCAAAUUAUUACAACAAUAUCCUGACAUUGAGAAGAAUCUAGAGAUUCUAAAAACACUCAAAGAUAAACAUACAAAAAAUGAAGAAAUGGACGCUAAUUAUCAACUGGAUUAUCAUCUAUACACAAGAGCAAUCGUUCCACCAACAGAUAAAGUUUGCCUUUGGCUUGGUGCAAAUGUAAUGCUUGAAUAUUCAAUUCAAGAAGCAGAAGAAUUGUUGAAUAAAAAUUUAGCUCAAGCUGAACGAUCAUUAAAACAAAUCGAAUUGGAUAUGGAUUUUCUCAAAGAUCAGAUUACAACAACCGAAGUUAAUAUGGCACGAGUAUAUAAUUGGGAUGUACGUAAACGAACGACCGAACAGGUACCAAAAAAUCAAACGAUUGAUGAAUCAAAAAUCUUGGAAUAAAACAACAAUGGAUAAAAUUCUUGUUCUUGAUUUUUAUGGAUUAAAUUAUUUUUUAAUAAAUUUUGUUCAUAAUAAUCUGUCCCUAUAGGACCGAAUAAUAUAAUUAAGGAAAAGUCAAUUUAUGAAAUGAAAAUAAACAACGAAUUAAUUUUUAUCAAAACAAACGAAA